AUGCGGUCUCGUCAGCUGUUCAGCCAGUUUCUUCAUAAACUUGAACCUGCUGGGUCUCUCAGACCCAUUCUGGUAUUUAUUUACUCACCUGAAGCAAACGCGCACACGUCCAACCUCGACAAGCCGUUGUGCGGUGCUGAGGAGCGCGGGGAAAAGUAUAAUGCUCCUAUAAGAAAAGACGCAAUUAAAAGAAGGAAUCCCAGGAACACUGAUUGGGAAGACUUCAAACGGGACCUAAGGACGGAACUUAGUGAACCAAAAUGCAAACUCAACUCUGUGCUUGAAAUAGAGUUUGACGCUGAUCGAAUUACCAAUGCCUUGAAGACUGCCUGGAGGGAUAACUGCCCGGAACGCGAGGCGGGAUCGAAGAAACUUCCAUGGUGGACCAAGGAAAUAGCCCUCUUACGAAGGGAGACAAGAAAGGCGUUCAAUAUAGCAAGAGCUAGGAAUGACUUUACAGAGUAUAGAAGAGCACUGACGGAGUAUAGCAAAGCGGUGCGAAAGGCAAAGAGGAAGGCAUGGAGGGAUCAUUGUGAGAUGAUCAACUCAGUUCCCGAGGGCAUGAGACUAACAAAGGCCAUGUCAACAACCAAAGCGAACCCACUCACUACAGUAUGGAGUGAGAGGGGGGGAUAUACGGAAGCAGGCAAAGAUACGUUGAAAACAAUGAUAGCAACGCACUUUCCUGAAUCACAGGUCCUAAACGAUGAUCAAGAUCCAAUCAGCGUGGAGGAACAAAAUAGAACAACAAACAAGCUCGACUGGGUUACGGCUAAGAGAGUAGUGGAUGAGACUAAGGCAGGGAAAUCUACAGAAACUGCGCUACACUAUGUAACCGGCAGGGCGGAGGCGGCUCUUGAGAGUAGGGAGGUUACUGUUGGGACAUUUGUCGACAUAGAGGGGGCAUUUGACCGCACUACCUUCUGCUCUAUAGGAGCUGCUGCUUCUGACCACGGGGUACCACUACCUCUAUGCCGGUGGAUAGACUGUAUGCUUAAAGGCAGGAUUAUUCAAUCAGAACUGCAAGGAGAGUGCAUGAGUGUAAGGACUGUCAAGGGCUGCCCGCAAGGGGGGGUACUCUCACCCUUGCUAUGGAGCCUGGUCGUGGACUCACUACUUGUGAAACUAAACAAAGGACCACUCUACACGGUUGGAUAUGCAGAUGAUUUGGUAAUUAUGGUAAGGGGCAAGUUCCCAACUAUUGUGACAGACAUCAUGCAAAGAGCCCUCAACACACUGGAAGAGUGGUGUGACAAAAACCACCUCUCGGUGAAUCCGGGAAAAACGAAUGCUAUUGCAUUUACAAAAAUGAGAAAUACAACAGGGCUAGGACAUCUCUACCUUUAUGGUAAGCAAAUAACCUGGACCAAUGAAGUGAAAUAUCUAGGGGUAAUCCUAGAUAAGGAACUUACAUGGCGUAAACACCAAGAUACGGUCAUAGCUAAGGCUAUGAGAGUGCUGGGAAUGUGUCGUGGUGCAUACGGGAAGGCAUGGGGACUUAGUCCCAGAGUGAUGAGGUGGAUCUAUAUAACUAUGGUGAGACCAAUAAUACUUUAUGGCAGCAUUGUCUGGUGGCCUAGAAUUAGGUUACAGACGUGCAGAACGGCACUGGGCAAAUUGCAAAGAACUGCAUGCCUAGCAAUAACGAGUGCGUUUAGAACUACGCCAACUGCAGCAUUGGAAAUUAUUCUGGGAUUGCCCCCACUGCACUUGGCGCUAGAAGUAGAUGCAAGGAAGGCGCUGCACAGACUGAAGGGGGCGGGACUUUGGAGUACAUCCAAACCUUGCACCAAGCACACAAGGAUGGGGAGUGAUCCUCAAUUAGAUGCAAUAAUGGACAUGGGUUGUGAUACAAUGCAGCCUAGGUACAUGUUUAGCAAGGAUUUUAAAGUGUCUAUACCAACAAGGGAAGACUGGAAAAGAGGACCAAAACGUCAACAAGACAGCCUGAUCUGGUAUACUGAUGGCUCCAAGAUGAACUCAGGAACAGGAGCGGGCGUCUACUCCAAACAAUCUGAGCACAGUGAAAGCUUAGGGAGGUUUGCAACAGUGUUUCAAGCUGAAACCUAUGCUAUAAUCAUGUGCGCAGUAAGGAAUAUAGAACAGGCGCAUAAAAAGCGUGACAUUUACAUAUUAAGUGACAGUCAGGCAGCACUCAAAGCCAUUGCCUCAGUGAGGGUUGGAUCCAGACUCGUUUUGGAGGCAAUCUUGGCACUGAAUAAACUUGGAAGGCACAACAGGGUGACCCUCAUGUGGGUACCUGGACAUACUGGAAUCGAAGGCAAUGAGAGAGCCGACAGUCUAGCGAGACAAGGGUCAGAGGCGGCACCUAUUGGGCCAGAGCCGAUAGUGCCCUUAUCUAUAAGCACUGUACACAUGGCCAUGAGGCAAUAUACAUCCAGGAAGCACAGAGCUGAAUGGGAAAGCUCCAACGGCAUGAGCCACUCCAAACUAUUCCUAGUUGGAAACACAAGAUCAUGGGAAAAGCUCAUACUCAAUGGAAACAGAAGGCAAGCCCGAGUGAUCACGGGUGCGCUAACAGGUCACUACACUACAAACCACAUGCUCCACAAAAUGGGCCUAACUACGGAUGACAGCUGUCGAGCAUGUGGAGAACAUGCGGAGUCCAUGAAACACCUACUCUGCGAAUGUGACGCGCUAGCUAGAACUAGAAUGGGUCUCCUGGGGUCGGCUUAUCCGACGCCAGAAGAAUAUAGGUCCUUCUCACCCAAGCACUUGAUCCACUAUAUGGAUAGGAUCUUUGUGGAUGAGGGGGGAUAA